UCAGUGCAAUACAUGUGGACUUUACCACAAAAUGAAUGGAAACAAUCGACCACUUGUUAAGAAUCAAAGGCGGCUAACAACACAAUCAAGACGUUCAGGUCUCUCGUGUUCCGACUGCUCGACGACUAACACAUCCUUAUGGCGGCGAAAUGGUUUAGGAGAGCCGGUGUGCAACGCCUGUGGCUUAUACUACAAACUCCAUAGCGUUAACCGUCCGAUCACUAUGAAGAAGGACUCCAUCCAAACCCGCAAACGAAAACCCAAACAACAGGCCUCAGACCAACAGUCCUCUCAACCACUGUCCACAUCUCACUCACAGCCCUAUUCUAUUCCAUUGAAACUGGGAAUGGGAUUAGGAGUUAGAUAA